AUAUAUGUGCACAAAAGUAAUGUAUGUUUUUUGUUGAAGUGCAAAGACUGAACCUUUACUUUGUGUUAUUGUGCAUUGUAAGUCUCAAUGAUCCAGUGUUCACUAUUGAGGUUCAUCAUGGUGGAUUUUUCUGUGGUUUAGGAAGCAACAAAACAUAUAUUGAUGAUAAAAUUGACUUCUUUGACUUUUGUGUUGUUGAGGAAUGGUCAGUACUUUAUAUUGUGGAUUUGUUGGAGAAAUUGGGCUACCCCGACAAUACCAAGUACAAGGUGUACUGGUUGCUGCCUGGCCACACAAUUGCUGAUGGUCUUUUCUUUGUGUGCAAUGAUGAUAACCUUCAGAAGCUCAUUUCUUCAGUGCCCAGGGACAACAAUAUAGUUCUUUAUUUGGAUCAGAUGUAUUUGAUUGACAAUAGCAUAUGGGAUGAUGUGUUGAUAGAAGCAAAUGCUUCAGAACAGCCUAGUAUCAUUGUGAAUCAAUGCAAGCCUACAGAGCAGUUUUCAGGGCAGCCAGAGGGAGAUAUCACUCGCCAGAUGGAUGAGAAGCUGGAGAGAUUGCAGAAAUUUAAGAGCUCGAAGGAAGAUGGUAGUGACAGUGACAGGCUUGAUUCAGAUGCAGACUUUUUUGACAGUGACAAUGAUCCAUUUGAUGGAGAUGAUGAUUUGUUUGCCGCCUUUGUGGAUCAAGAUGUGAAAGAUUCAAUGAUCCCUGACAAAGGUAGACAGCAAGUUCAAGACAAUGAGGUGAAGGACAAGGAUAAGAAGGAUAAAAGGAAGAGGGAAGAUUCUGAUGGUGAGCUUGAAUUACCAGAUUCUGAAGAUGAGAACUUCAAGUUCAAGUUCAAGUCAUUCACAUCAGUGGACAUGAAGGAACCCGAGUUUAAAGUUGGAAUGUUCUUUUCAACUGUUGAGCAGUUGCGAGAAGCAAUAGAUGAAUAUAGCAUAAAAACAGAGUGCCUGUGAAGAAGAUCAGAAAUACUAGAACCAGGGUUGAGGUGAUAUGUGUUGAAGAUUGUCACUGGUGCUUGUAUGUAAGUCAUGACACCAGGUCCAAGAGUUUGCUUGUCAAAAGAUAUAUCAAUGAGCACACCUGCAGCAAAGAGUGGGCUAUCAAGGCAAUGACGGCUCCAUAUAUUGCCAAAAAAUAUCUUGAAGAUAUCAGAGAUAAUGAGACGAUUGAUGCACAAUCAUUGGGGGAAAAAGUGCAGAAGGACUUCAACUUGGCUGCUGGAAGAAUGAAACUACAAAGGGCAAAAAAGAAAGCAAUGACUGUUAUUAGAGGUGAUGAGGAGAAGCAAUACAAUUUGCUUUGGGAUUAUGCUCAGGAGAUAAGGAGAUCAAACCCAGGGAGCAGUGUCUUCCUAAACUUGGAUGUUCAUGGUUUGUUCCAGACUAUGUACUUCUCCCUUGAUGCUUGUAAGAGGGGGUUCUUAGAGGGCUGUAGGCCUCUACUUUUCUUUGAUGGUUGCCACUUGAAAACUAGGCAUGGUGGUGUGAUGUUGACAGCAAUAGGGAUUGACCCUAAUGAUUGUGUUUUUCCAAUUGCAAUGGCUGUGGUGGAUGGGGAGAACAAGAAUAGCUGGAAGUGGUUCAUGAACACUUUGAAGCGAGACUUGAACAUCAGCAACACUGCGGCAUAUACCAUCAUGUCAGAUAAGCAGAAAGGUUUGAUACUUGCAGUAGAACAAGAAUUUUCAGAUUGUCCACAUAGGUUUUGUGUAAGACAUCUGUACCAAAACUUCAACACGAUUCACAAGGGGGAAGUUCUCAAGGAUCAACUUUGGGCUUGCGCUAGAUCUAGCAACACAGAACAGUUGGAAAGAAACAUGGAGAAACUCAAGUUGUUGAGUCCAGAAGCACAUGCAUGGCUUGAUGGGCACCCACCAGACCAAUGGUGUAGAGCCUUCUUUGAUUGUUUCUGCAAGAGUGACACACUAAUGAAUAAUCAUUGUAAAGUGUUCAACAAAUACAUACUUGAUGCUAGAGAGCUUCCUAUCCUUAGUAUGUGGGAGAAGAUAAGGAUGCAGCUUAUGCACAAAAUGGUUGAGUAUGCAAGGAUUUGUGAGAAUAAAUGGACUAGCAACAUAUGCCCCAAAAUCAUGGACAAACUGCAGAAGAAUGUGAAGUAUGCAAACAAUUGUUUUCCUCACAGACCUGGGCAUGGAGUAUACGAAGUCAAGAGCAAAUCCUUCAGCUAUGAGGUCAACAUGCUGCAAAACAGUUGUGACUGCCGGAGAUGGCAACUAACAGGCAUUCCAUGUUCUCAUGCAGCUGCUUGCAUGAGAGAGGAGAGAAUAAAGCCCGAAACAUGGAUAGCAGCUUGUUAUACAAGGGACAAGUAUAUGAAAACUUAUGGACACACUAUCUGGCCAGUUAGGGACAAAAGUUUUUGGGAAAAGACAAAUGGAAGGGAAGUGGGAGCACCAUUGUAUAAGAAGAAAGCUGGAAGGAAAGCAAAUAAAAGGAGAGAGCACCCAUCAGAGAAAGAACA